AUGGAUACCCCUCUUUCACAGACUGUCCUCGUCGCAGGUGCCGCUGGAUUUUUGGGUUCUAAUAUGGUCCAUUUUCUCCUAGAUCAAGGAUUAAAUGUCAUCGGGCUUGACAACUGCCAUUCAGGAAGUGCAGCGAACUUGAAUAAUGUCCGGGAACACCCGAGAUUCUCAAUGAUUCGGUAUGCCCAUAACAUUCAGUUUCCCCUUCCUGACCUGCCCACUAUCCAUCAGAUCUAUCACCUGGCUUGCGCUGCUAGCCCCGUCAAGUACCAAAAGCACCCAGUAGACACCAUUGACACUGCCUAUCUGGGAACAAAGAAUUUGCUGGAUCUGGCACGACAACACAACGCCCGCAUCCUCUUAUCGAGUACAUCAGAAGUCUAUGGGGAUCCACAAGUGCACCCGCAGCCCGAGACUUACUGGGGAAAUGUCAAUUCAUUCGGCCCCCGUUCAUGCUAUGACGAAGGUAAACGCGCUGCUGAGGCUCUAGCCUACUGUUAUAUCCAGGAAUAUAGCGUUGAUGUGCGGAUUGCACGCAUUUUUAACGCAUAUGGGCCCUACAUGCACGCGGAAGAUGGCCGAGUCGUGUCGAACUUCGUGGCUGCCACAAUAUCUGGACAGCCUAUCAUAAUUACUGGUGAUGGCACAGCCACCCGCUCCUUUCUGUACGUGGAUGACUGCAUACAUGGUCUGUAUGCUCUUAUGCACAGUAACCAUACAGGUCCGAUCAAUAUAGGGAAUGAUAGGGAAACGACGGUAGAGGAUCUUGCCAACAUGGUACGGGCGCUACUUGAUAGAAUAACUGGCCGCCAAGCGCCUCCAAUUGUCAAACGUCCUCGACCGGAAGAUGACCCCUCAAGGCGGCAGCCGGAUAUUGGCUUGGCACGCCGGCUUUUGCACUGGGAGCCUGUCAUCUCUCUCGAAGAGGGUCUGCUGAAGACAAUCCAGUGGCAUAUGAGCUUGGAGCGCCUAGGCCGAGCACAGCAUUAUUCGAAAAUAUAG